UAACAGUACAAAGUAGACCUUCUUCCGCUACCAGUUUGGAGAAGGGUCGGAAGAUCGAUGCAGACUCAGCUGCUUCCAGCUGCUCCCACACCAUCUGCUGCAGCAAAGGCGUUGCUGGAGCCCGUGGUCGAGGGGAUUAGACUCGGAGGAUUAGUCGAACUCCACGGUUUAUCAGAUGUGGAGCUGCAGGCAUUCAACGUGGAUGUCAACGGUUCAAUUGGACAGGCAGUUGGCUUUGAUUCUGCUUCUGGGAAGUUCCACGUCUAUUUGAGCUGUGGGGCCGCUGGCCAUUUCAGUGCGAAGAAUGUUCGCGCGGUCGAGGCACCGCGCCGGCCCGGCGAGGGCGGCACUGGGGACAGCUUCGACGUCUUAGUUGGACCUCGAACUGAUGGCAAGAUUUUGGGCGGUGAGAUUUCGACUUGCCUGAUGGAGAAGGGCUUUUGUGUCGUGAGGAUUUGUCAGAGUGCGCGCUUGGCUCAGGGAGCCUGGCAGCGCAUGAAGGAUUUGAGCGACAUGCAGAGAUUGCAGCGCUUUUCCGAAGAAGUCGAACAGGGCUAUUUGGGCUUUGGCUGCCGGGGAAGGGUGGCAUGGAUGGACUCCGGAGAGUUAGACCAGGACGCAGCACUGCAGAGCAACAAUGCGAACCUUUCCCUCCUGGCGCAGUCCAUGCAGCCCUACGCUGGAGAUGUUCUGGACGGACAGCUGGAAUCACGCACCCCUGGAUUGGUGUGCCUGACCAGCGAUAGCAGUGGAGACUCGGAGUAUCCCUACCCAGAGGCGAACGAUGAGUCUCUUGGAGCCUUCCUUCAAACCUGGAGGCGCACUUUAGCUCGGGCUGUGCACUUCAUGGGGCCCUACCCUGCAGACCUGGAGCUUGAUGCUCGGGAGACCGUGAAGGCGUCCAAGGUGCCAAAUCUCUUGGAGAACGUGAAGAUCCGAGCUGUGCCAAACACCAUUCUGUUGUUCCGGCCAGAUAUCUAUGACUACACCUGUGCUGCACCGAAGGAUACGCUGAUGCUGAUCACCAACUACUUGGCUGCGGUUCCUGAGAUGGUCUCUGGAAACAUCCAGGGAGACACUGAUUGGCUCCUGAAAGAAGAUGGACCUCCUCCACCUGUUGGGAACGAUCAAAUCCAUGUUAUCAAUACAGUUGCUCGCCUUCCUGGAUGUUGCGACAGCCAGUGGCACAACUGGUCGGCGCUGAGAUCCGGCACCGACACCAUCGUGCAGGUCCCCAUCACCCGUUGGGAUGUCGGUUUCUACUGGACUCCAGAUGAGAAUGCCUUUGAGGGUUGGCAAACGACGACGCGCCACCAGUCGCUGUGUGAAGGAGCAGAGUUCUUUGACAACAGAUACUUCGAGAUCUCUAACAACGAGGCCAAUGGCAUGGACCCUGUGCAGCGCUUGGUGCUCGAAUGUGGUGCUCAGAGCAUGGCCAUGAUUGGGUUGACGAAGAAGGAGUGCAACCGGAAGUCCACCCAUGCGGGCUUUUGCGUGGGCAACGACAAGCUGGAUUGGAUGACCUGUGAGAAGGAGGUGACGCCUUCGGGAACCAGCACUGUGCUUGCCAUCAUUGCGAAUCGCUUUAGCUUCGUGUUCAACCUGAAAGGGCCAAACUUUGUUUGCGACACGGCGUGCUCGGCCUCUUUGACGUCCACGCACUGUGCACGAUUUAUGAUUUGUAAUCAGCAAUUUGACCCACUGGAGUUUUUCAUCUCUAUGGGUGCUCACUUGUGCUUGUCUCCUGGACCUUUCAUUGGGUGCUCUCAGUCUCACAUGUCAAGUCCGAAAGGACGGUGCUUCACCUUCAACUCCUCCGCAGACGGUUACUUGCGGGGUGAGGGUGUCAGUGGCUUCAUGAUGAAAUAUGGCGUGUUCUCGGCAGAUCAGAGCAUGUCCAUCCUCCGCUCGACUGCGUGUGGGCAGGAUGGCCGCAGUGCAUCCUUGACCGCGCCCAACGGUCCUGCGCAAGAGGAAAUGGUCACCAGAGCCAUCAAGGAAGCCUUGAUGACACCUCCAGAGUCGACGGCCUGGGAGUGCCAUGGAACCGGCACUUCCUUGGGUGACCCCAUUGAGGUUGGAGCAGUCCGGAAAGUGCAAAUCCGAAAGCCACGUACAGAGCCGCUGAUGAUGGGUUCCGCCAAGACCAACAUCGGGCAUUUGGAGGGUGGCGCUGCCAUGGGCGGCAUUGUAAAGUGCAUCAUGCAGUGUCGACAAGCAAAGUGCUGUCCGACGCAGCACUUGAGAACCUUGAACCCUCACUUGGAGCAUGCCAUGUUUGAAGCGCACUUUGAGACCGAGCCCAUGGCCUUCGCCACGAACCAGGGCAACUCCCAAGUGUCCUCGUUUGGAUUCGGAGGAACCAAUGCCCAUGGCAUUUUCUGGGGCCAGAACAUCAGCAUCAAGGAGGAUGUGGAGCGGGUCUGGAUGAAGAAGCUCUUGUCAAGACCACCUCCAGAAGUGCGACCCAUGGGAUUGGAUUACGACAAGUGGGAGGCAGAUUUUCCGGACACUCGAUUGCUUCGCAAAGGUGCCAAGUUUAGCCUCAGCAUGGGUCCUGAUGAGGGCAAUGAGCCCUUGAGGUGGGAUAUGGUGGAUGAACGUCGGGAGAUUGAAGUAGAUGAUGCUGAGGCAACUUUUGCCAUCACCGGGAACUUUAACAACUGGGAUGCGGAAGAGGCCAUCCCCAUGGAGGACGGUGAAGUCCCUGGUGUGCAUCGAACCAGCCUCCAGGUGCCUCCGGGCGGUGAGCUUCAUUUCCACCUGCUCAAGGGAGGAGAUGCGAAGCAAGUCGUUGGUCCUGAGACGGAUGAUUGCACCCGGAAGGGUGCUCCCAUCGUGGGGCCACAUGCGACGUUGAAGAACAAGUGGGUGAUCCAGGCUCCUGAAGGCCGCGAGGUUCGUAUCGAGUUCUUCAGCCGCGGAGGUCGACGGUCAAUUCUUUGGAUCCUGUCCAGAGAAGGAGUCAUGCCUUUGGAGACCGGUGAUGAUGAGUGAGCUGAGCUGACACGUGAUCUUCGCACCCGAAAAGAGCGCCGGA